AUGCUGAGCUCUUUGGCUGCUUGUCCUUCAGACACACACCUGUUCAUCACUGCACCAACAGAGAUGGAAGCUCUGAGUGGAUCUUGUUUACAAAUCCCAUGUAACUUUAGUACUGUUGGAAAGGAUGAGUUUGACAGCAGAAGACCUGUCUUUGGAGUUUGGAUUAAAAAUCAUUCGGAUGUUUUUGCACAGCCAAACAAUGUGAUCUUCAACAGCAGUGGGACAGUUAACAUCUAUCCAAUGAAGAUUACAGGAAACCUGAAGGAGAAAAACUGCACCACUCUGUUUUCCAGUUUAAACACAACUUAUACAAACACAUACUACCUCAGAAUUAUGAACUGGCCGUACAGAUCAACAGCUGUUUGUGAUCCUCUAAAAAUAACAAUUAAAGAUUCUCCUUGGAGGCCCAAUAUUACAAUCCCAGGUGAUCUGAAGGAGAAGGAGUCUGUCACUAUAACCUGCUCAGCUCUCACUCCCUGUCCACACUCCCCUCCUCAACUCACCUGGAAUCUCACACAAGACUCUCACAACAAAAUAGAGGAAAACACAGAUGGAAGCUUUACAACUAAAAUCCAGCAGACCAUCACUCUGUCAGACACACAUGAUGGAAAGAAGAUCAGCUGCUCUGCCAGAUAUCCUGUGAACCAAGGAAAAGACACCAAGACAGCAGAGACAGAAGAGACUCUCAGUGUUUCAUAUGCUCCUAAAGAGACCUCAGCAUCCAUCAGUCCAUCAGGUUUGGUGUCAGCAGGCAGCUGGGUGAAGCUGACCUGCUCCAGCAGAGCCAAACCUCCAGUCAGCAGCUUCACCUGGUUCAAGAAGAGCAGAGAUGGAGCUGUGAAAGUAUCUGAAGGAGAGAUUUACAGCUUCAAUGUAACAGAUGGAGGAGUUUAUUACUGUGUGGCCACUAAUGAUCUGGGUAAUCAGACAUCAGCAGAGAUGAAUCUAACUCUUACUUACUGUGAAGAUGACUACCACAGCCUCCUGCAGAAGAUUGCAGUACUGGAGACAAAAAUUCAUCGCUUAGAAGUAAACGUGGAGGCUGAGAUAAACGAGGAGUUAUCUCAUAAAGAGGAACAAACAGUACUCCGAGAACAGACAAAGCCCAGCAGAAACCUUGAGGAGGAGCUCCAUCUGCCCCCACCCGGGAAGAGCCUCAGAAAGGAGAGAUGUCUGAGGCAAGAAGAGGGGUCCCUAUUCGUCUCCAACUCUCUCAACAACACCAUUGACCAGGACCAGGGACCACGACCUUCCCCAGUCCCCCAAACCCCUGACAGGCCAUCACCCUCCUCCCCCUCCCUUUCUCCCUCCUCCCCACACCUGAAAUUCACUGAGGAGAUGAUGGAGCGGGUCAAUGCUGGGCUCAGAUCUACCCCCGGCCCAAUCCCUUUUGUCCCCAUAAACCCCCACCAGAGCAGCCAAAGGUUCGCCAUCGAGCCCCGCCCUCAACAGAGCAAUCGAAGUUACAUUGCCCAGCCUUGCCCCCCUUAG